UAGCUUUGAAUGUCUGCGGCAGUUGUUUUCAAGUAACUGGCUUAUGCUAGCUGUGUAAAAAAGUUUGUAAGUUAAAAUGUCUGGUAUUAAAGAAUGAGCUAUCAAAUACAGUUAGGUUAUGGCCUGUUUGCUCAAUGAGCGUGGGUUAUAGCCUGUAGUCCAAGGAGAAAUUGAGAGUUUGGGAGGGGGAGGGUUAGCUUUUAUUUCUUGUAAGUGCUCUUAUAGCAGAACUGUUGUCUUCGGUGACUUGCAAGCAUGUGAAAAAAAAUCCGGUCUGCUCUCCCUGGUUUGGAAGUUAACUUCUCUCUAAGAACAUUGCAGAGUUGGGAUGAACAAACAGCCUCAAUAAAAUCUGAAUGAACGGACUGCUCCUCUUAAAAGUAAUGGGUCCGUCUGUGAGCAGGAUCCAGAUUUAAAUAACUUGCAGAAUACACUCAAUGUAGAAAUAGAUUGGCAGGGGGGCAGGACAGAACUUCAAAAAGAAAGUAGGAUAUGUGUUAGAGGCCUUAUAGAAGUGUGAGGUGUGAAAGCAAGAAGAAUAAUGGAAACGGAAAGAGAAGAAAAGGAAGAAAAUCUGAUAACAGGCUGAAACCUUCAUGUUGACAGCAAAGAAGCUAGAACAAUGGGAGUGACUAAUCUGUGGCAGAUCCUUGAGCCUGUGAAACAACCUGUCAACUUGAGCAGUCUCAGGGGAAAAACACUUGCUGUUGAUUUAAGCCUGUGGGUGUGUGAAGCACAGACUGUUAAAAAGAUGAUUGGAGUAGUUACCAAGCCUCAUCUCAGAAACCUGUUUUUUCGGUUCUCUUUCUUAACAUCAAUGGGAAUUAAACUAGUAUUUGUCAUGGAAGGAGAGGCCCCCAAGUUGAAAGCUGACACCAUGAGUAAGAGGAAUGAGAUGCGCUAUGGAACUUCCAAGCAACCUAGGGCUGCAAGAACAGGGAGGUCUUAUUUUAAAUCCGUUUUAAAAGAGUGUCUUGAACUGUUGGAGUGCUUAGGUGUCCCGUGGGUUCAAGCAGCUGGGGAAGCAGAAGCAAUGUGUGCUUACCUAAAUGCAAAUGGACAUGUUGAUGGGUGUAUUACUAAUGAUGGAGAUGCCUUUUUAUAUGGAGCUCAAACAGUUUAUAGGAACUUUGCCAUGAAUGCUAAGGAACCGCAGCUUGACUGUUACACAAUGUCCUCUAUUAAGAAGAAGCUUGGUUGUGACAGAGAGUCUUUGAUUGGGCUAGCAGUUCUUCUGGGUUGUGAUUAUCUUCCGAAGGGUAUUCCAGGAGUUGGGAAAGAACAAGCUUUAAAGUUAAUUGAGACUUUGCAAGGUCAAAACUUACUGCAAAGGUUUGAGCAAUGGAGAGAACAAUUUCAGUAUAAUAAUAUUAAUCCACCUUUGGUAGUUAAAAAGAUAACUCACUGUUCUGAAUGCCAUCAUCCAGGAUCUUAUAAGGAACAUGAGCGCAAUGGAUGUAAUUUCUGUGAAAGCAUUAGGUACUGCAAACCCCAUGACUCCAAAUACUGCUGCCCUUGUGAAUGGCAUCAGUUAGAGCGAGAGAAACAAGCAAGUGCAGUGGAGGACAAUAUCAGAAAAAGAGCUAACAGUUGUGAGGGCUUUCCGUUCUCUGAGGUUAUCCAAGAAUUUCUUGUAAACAAGAACAAAUUGAACAAGAUAAUGGAAUGCCAAAGGCCUAAUUUAUUGUCAUUUCAGAGAUUUGCUUCUGAGAAGAUGGAAUGGACCAAACAUUAUGCUUGUAAGAAACUGUUGGCACUAUUGACACAUUAUGAUAUGAUCCAGAGAAAAUCUGGAUACACUGAUUCAAAACAACUACAGGCAAUACGGAUAGUCAAGACACGUGUUAAAAAUGGGACUCCUUGUUUUGAAAUUCAAUGGCAAAAACCAGAACAUUAUGUUGAUGCAGAAGAUCAGCCUGUGGAGUCAUUUGUAGUCACAGUAGAGGAGGAGUCUUUGUUUCAGGCUGCUUAUCCUGAUGUUGUUGCCCUUUAUCAGAUGGAAAAGUCAGAAAUUUUGGAGAAGAAACAGAAAAGCAGGAAAAACAGACCAAAAGAAAAGGAAUUAUCAAAUGUUUAUGGUGAAGUUACUGAUCUUCUGUCUCAAAUGAAUGUAAAAUCUACACGUGAAAUUCUUCCAGUGCAGGACUCCAUGUCAGAUAUAAAAAUUCUCCCUGAGGAUCAGAUAUAUCAGAGAAGUGUUGAAUCAAAAGAUCCAGUGUUAGCUGCAGCUCCCUGCAUUACAACUGUUCAAAUGCCAGUAUCAGCAUCUGUCCUUUCUCCAACUGCAUCAACUUACUUGCUCUUACAGAGUACAUUAGCUGACUCUUCUGUAUUGCCAGCACAACUUACUAAAAUUUCAGAGGCAUCCUCCUCCUGUACUACCUCUGUAACAACUGAUCUACAAUUGAGCAGUACUGACUGGGAAGGAACCUCCUUCAGCACUUCACCAGCCUGUGGUGGCAAUACCUUUGACCCAGUAGCUGACCUGGCUACGUGUAUGCAACAUUCAUAUCCAUUACACCAUAAAACAGUAAUAAAUAGCUCAGAACAUUCUGGUGCUAUGCAGUCUGAUCAAGAUCAUUCAGAUAGUGCAGAUGACUUGUUUUCAGAUGAUACUAUGGGACAACUUCAAAAGUUGUCUUUAAGUGAGCGAAUACUUAUGAAGACUUCUGUUCAAUCAAAACCUUCAUUGUCUGAAGACAUAAUGGAACUGAAGCCUUUGAAAUGCUUAAAAAAAACAAAAAGCGUAUUGAAUCCUGACAAAGAUGAUGUUUCUUCCUCAUGUCAGUUAAACAGAACAGUGCAGGAAACUAAAAAUGUGCUAUCAGAAAACUGUGUGAGGGAGUCCAGUGUACGCAUUUAUCAAGAUCAGUACAAAAAUGCCAACAGCCUGCCUCAAAUAGUGCAAACACACCAUAAAGCAGACAGUUCAACAUUUCUAGCUCUAAGCAGUCAAACAGUAAAGCCAUUACAACCUGGGUGUGAAAUACUUCCACUGUCUCAACUGCCAGCAAAUGUUGUAACUGGCUGUCAUGUUACAGAAACCUGUACUCAGGCUACUUGGAAAGCUUUGUUUAAAAGGAGUGUGUGCCAGAACAAAUGCUCUUCUAGUGAAGACAGUGAUGAUGGGAACAUGAAUAAAAAUCUGAUUUAUGAGCAGCAGAAAAGGCAACUGAAUCCAGGUCACUUCAGAAAAAAAGUUACAAAGAAAAAGAGUAACACUGUCACUACCAAAAGAAUGAACAGUGACUCAGCAAUUGCAAUUAAAGGAGAGGAAAAAAAGACCAAUUUUAAAAUAACUGGUAAUAAUUUGUCAGUGCAAGUAUCUCCAAAACCUUCUCCUGUCGUGGAAGUUAAUUGUUUCUCAAGUCCAGAACAACCAUUUGAGAAGUCAGGUUUCUGUACUCUGCAGCAAGCCAAAAGUGAUGUUCUGACUUACGUGUUGGCAGACAGUCCCCUUCCCCUGUCUGAAAGACUAAAAGGAAGACUCAAAAGCAGUUAGGUGUUCCAUAAAAUAGAUUAUGGUAACAAUUAACUCUGAACCUUCAACUCAUAUAGUUCUUUUUCAAAGUUUCUGUACUAUACUGUGAUGAUUUGAAGUAGGUACAGUUAUAUGAAGUGUGAAAUACUCCAUAGUGGUACUGAAGUUUGAAACUAAAAUAUUAGCAAAAGUACCAAAUAGCUGAUUACAGGCAAGUACUAGUUAUUCUGGAUUUAAAUACAUUUUGGACUUGAUUCAUAAGCAUCAGGAUGUAGUACACAAGGAAGUAGAGGGGUUAUUUGUGAAAUACAAAGUCUUGUUUUCUCCCAGCCAGGUGUAUUUUGAGUACAGCUAUUAGUCCUUCUGCUUAUAAAACAGACUUAAAAAGACAAAGUGAUACAGCUCUUACCAGUUGAAUUUUUUCCAUUCUGUUCCACUAACAAUUUUGUUAGUUUUAAAAUCCUGGAAUGCUCGUUGUGUGGAUUAUCUCUAAAUGGCCAGAUAGAGACACUUGACAGAUAUGUUUACAGUCCAGCUAAUUUUAUAUAUCUGUCAUGCCCGGUAAUAAAUUGCUGUUUGUGUGCAUGCAUCUUACAAAGAAUGGAAUAUGCCAUCUAAGGAUAUUUUGUUUUGGUAGCUGUCAUCUCUAGUUCUUAAGUAAAUUUGAUUAAUAUUUUAACCAAAUGUUUAUGGUUCUUGGCAUUUUUGUACUUACAGAAGAUACAAAGUCCCAUCUAACACUCACUUAUACCUAUAAUAGAAUGAAGGUAAAAUUAUAGCAUAUUGAAACCUAGUAACGAUAUUGCAAAAUAUAUAUAUAUAUUUGAAAAAUAUCAUGUAUUGUAAAUGAUUGUUUUUAAAGGGGAAACUCGAACACAGUCACAUUUUUGAAGGUGCUCUUCCUUUUUAAUGCAGAAGCAAUCUCUGUUCACAGAAAAAAAUUGUUUUCAACUGCAUACUAGGAAAUUCAUCUUUGCCUGCAUUAGGUGUUCAUAACCUUUUAUGUACAGCAGCCAAGAAGAAAGCCAAUCUUGCUGAAAUAUGUUAAUCUAUAGAUAAUCUAAUUUAUAAUCAGGCAAAAUAGUAGUUUCUUACAUUCCUCAAAGGGAGAAAAAGGAUUUAUGAUUGCCUUCCAAAUAAGGAAUAUGUUGUGAAAAUUAGGAAAGUAAUACCUAUAAAGUAUUUUGAUGUACUUUAUUGGAAAAUAUUGGAAAUGUGUUUUCAAUUUUGAGAAUAAAUAUAUUCAAUGUAGGAAAACAACUAAAUAGAAAAAAUCUGGGAUGAUUGCUCUUUCCUGGAGCGUUUAGACUCUAGCCAUCCAACUGAUGUAAAGGAUACUUAAAAGAUUAGAAUUACUAAGAAUGAGAGUAACAGUCACCUGGGAGCUCUAAAGGCAUGGAUGUAAAGGUGUAUGUAAUGGUCAAUAGUAGACAGGUCAGACUAUUUUGUGUAAAAAGCCACUGAGUUUUUUUAUAUGUGAUUCUUUUAUUUUCUUGCUUCUGAUUUUGAAUAUGAAAGUCAAUAGUUUGAAUUUUCACAAAUAAAAAUACCAACAUCA